AUGCCCAGCUGGCACGGAGGGGAGAAGGUCCUGGAGAGCAGCAUCGCAAGUGUGACGAGAACCGUCCCCGUUGUAGUAGAUGUUCCCGUCGUAAUGUCGACUGUGGGUACAAGAGGAACAUUCGAUGGAUCAAUGGCGGAGACCUCAACAUUCUCCUAA